AUGUCUACGACCACGAGAACGUUGCGCAACCUGCGUAGAGUUGGUAUCAAGGAUGCCCUCCAUCAAAUGCAACACAUAGGUGAUACCAAAGCGGGCGCGUUGAUUGGGACGGACCGAUAUGGAAACAAGUUCUUUGAGAAUCUGGAGGAGGAGUUGCCAUUGCGAACGAGAUGGGUAGACUACAAGGACUAUGAGACCGAUGCAUCACACAUCGAGCCUGGAUGGCAUGCCUGGAUUUCAUACAUGGUAGACAAGCCGCCGACCCAAGAUCCGAUCCUUAAAACCCAAGUACGGCCUUGGGAAUUGCCCACUCACAGGCCAAAUUUGACGUUCAGCCGUGCUGCUUUCAAGACCUACUCUACUACUAAGCCGAAGCUUACCGCCUGGACACCUACGGUGGCUUCAAGAACAUAG